UAGUGCUGAUGUAAGAUAUUUUUCAUUGACAAAAUGAAUUUCCAUUGUAUUCCUACUGUUUUAUUAUUGACUCUUAUAUUAGUGAGUUCGAUUGAUAAUUCGUUGCAACAGGAUUUAUCGGCUUUUCAUGAGGAAUUCGCUGAACGUCGAGAUGAAAAUAUUCGACAGCUUAUAGAAAAGGAAAAAUUAACUUGCGAUAAUGUCGAGGCUUUUUGUUACCAAGGACAUACUGAAGCCGAACUUGAAUCCGAAAAAGUUGCAAGACUGAUUUGCACGGGAGUUCUAAAGACGUACGUGUGUCCAGAAGUAGCUAAAGCUAUAGAGAACGCGGAGAAAAAAAUAUAAGUUCCAUUAAUAACUUAUUAUUAACGAUUAAAUAAAUCAAUAACUGUGUAAUUAGUGCCGUUAGUCAAGUAAACGUUACAACAUUGAGCGUAAUGUCAUUUUCACAAGUGUACCUCAUACUUUUGUAUCAUUAAAAAAUUU